CAGCCAGGCCAGAGUCCAGCUUUUAAAACAAAUAGCCAUUGAACACAAACGGGGUCAUGGAUUCAGCAGCAGGCAGAGACCUCCAACCAUUGCUUGGCUCAUUACAAACCCAGGCUCGAAGAGAGAAUAAAAGGAAAGAAAAAAAGGCAGAAAGAGAAACUGUCUCCCAGAAGGCUGUGAUGACUAAAAAGAAAAGAUGGGGGAAGGGGGGUUGCUGUGGUUGUGUGCAACCUUCUUAAGAAAAAAACACCAGUCGACCAUGAUUCUCAGUCUGCUUGCAGCCCGGCCCUGCUUUGUACCAGCUCUCUGCCAGUUUUAAAGCAGAGGUUUGGCUUAGAGUUCCUUCACAGAGCUGGGAUUUCUUCCAUCCACCAAUCUGAGGACUGAACACAGCAGCUGAGAGGCUUUAAGCCCUAACAAACCUAACUAAAGCUCCCCAGCAGCCACUGGCUCCUCUCACAUUCAGAAAUGUUCUGGGAGGACAAAACUAUUCUCCUUACCUUUCUACUGGUCUACAUCUCAACCCAGGUGGCAGGUUUGAAUGAAAGGCAGCAGAAUGCUCAGUGUGCUGAGCUCAACAGCACCAGGUGGCUGCAGUCCCGACAGCACAGAAUCAGACUGCAGGUCCAGUACCUGCUGCUGACCCGUAGAAACCAGAACUGUGCUCAGAGGUUCAACCAGGCUUCUCUUACCCAGCAGUCAUCUCACUUCAACGUUUCCAGUCCCACAAAAGUCAUCAUCCAUGGCUACAGACCCCCAGGCACUAAGCCAUCCUGGGCGAUGGAUCUGGCCCAGGCUCUGCUGACGGCUCAGGAUGUCAAUGUUCUGAUUGUUGAUUGGGUCUAUGGCGCCUCCUUCGCGUACAAUGUGGUGGUGGAGAAUUACAAGGAGGUGGCUCUGCAGAUCUCUGUUCUCAUCAAUCAGCUACUGAACCAUGGAUGUAAACCUGAGUCUUUUCACCUGCUCGGAGUCAGCCUCGGUGCACAUGUUGCUGGGUUUGUGGGGACUCUGUUUGAAGGGCAGAUUGGAAGAAUCACAGGUCUCGAUCCAGCUGGGCCCAUGUUUAAAAGAGCUGACACUUACGACCGCCUGGACCCAUCUGAUGCUCAGUUUGUGGACGCCAUCCACACCGACUCUGACUGAUUAUCUAAAAACUCUGGGAUAACCACUUUACCUCUUCCCAGGGAGCAGAAACUGUUCCUCCUCACAACUUCUUCUCCUCCGUUUUGUGCUCAUCACAUCCUGCUAAAGCUGGAGGUUUCAGGCAUGGAGAAGAGUGCCGAUGUGGAAGUGAGGCUGAUGUCUGAGAGCCAGGAAACAGAACAACGGCUCAGGCUUCCGAGGGACACGACAGAGUACAAGAUGGUGUUGGCUCAUCCUGCUGCCAUGUGUGAGAUCGAAACCAUCAGACUGAAAAACACCGGCGCGCGCCUCUACAGGCAGGGAGAAGUCCACGUCAAGUCUGUGUGCAUCUCUGAGCUCCCCUUUGUCAGGCAUGAGCAGCUGUUGUGUGUGAACAACAUCAACCUGAGGCGAGGCGUCCCGUGGUCACAUGACUUUGUGCAGGUGUGUGAGACCUCUUGAAAGGAAGAUUAAAUCAAAGAUUGUGAGGAGGGGAAACAAACUGCUGCACCAGCACAAAAUGAAUCUCACAUUUUUACCAGCUUAUCUGAUGUUAAAAAGAUUAUUCUUUUUUUUCCAGUCCAUUUUUGUAUAUUAGUUUUUUGUUCUCCAAAUCCAGCUUAUAAAAUGUCUUCAUUUGAAAUUUUUCAUAUUUUCUCUGUACUUUGAGCAAUAAACACAGCAUUAAUCUGA